GCUGGUGUCUUUGGAAACAGGCUAAUAACUUUUUUUGUAUCCUGGACGCAGUAUGCAUUUUUUGCGAUGUGUUUAUGCUUUUUUUAUGGAGGAGUAAACGCUUUUAAGCUGUAAGGCACAUUUUCAUUUUCUCCCCCGGCAAGCAUAAUGCAGGUUUAACGCGCCGUUGAAAGCCGCUCCAUUAACUUCCUGCGGGCUUUAGGACCACGUAGAGAAAUUCAUAAGGAGCCAGUGUUGUGUGCUUUUCACAUAGCGGCACUCUGAAGGAAACCCCCCAUCGGAUCUGGUAUUACAGGAUACUCAUGAAAUGUACAAAGAUUUCGCUCCUUCCGCGCUGCAGCCCUCCCUAAGAUCGCACAUGUGCAUUUGGGGAUGGUGAGUAGCGACAGCACGUUUGGAGGAUCCUUGAUCAACAGCUCUUGUCAUAGAGGAGGCGGACUUCUUUGAUGUUUAAUCUCGCCCUUCAUUCUCUCUCUCCGUUUAGUCUUUCUCUCUCAUUUUGUAUUUUGUCUUUAAUAGUUAUAUUUUUCGCAUUUCUGGAUCACGUUUAUUUGAAGGAAGCUUGGCAGUUUGUCUGGCACCUCACACCGGAGAAAACCUAAGCAAUUUUAUUGGAUUAAACUCACUUUUGGACAACUUGGUUGUUGCUUGAAUGGGAUACCUGGAUGAAAUAUCAUUUACACCCCACAUACUUAAAUCAGACGGAACCGUUCUUUGUGCUGAUCCGGCGUUUUGAUGACCGUAUGUUUUCUUAUUGACUGACAAUCAAUCGGACAAUAUAGAAAGCUCAUUUUAGGACUUUUGGGCAGUUGAAAGAUGAAAGUGCCUACCCCAUUCCUGAUCCUGCUGUCUGCCGUGGUCACCAGGAGCUUGAAGGUGGUCUCCAAACGAGGAUCAGUGGACGGCUGCACGGACUGGUCGGUCGACUACCUGAAGUACAAAGUGCUCCUGGGAGAGCCAGUGCGGAUUAAGUGUGCCCUGUUUUACGGAUACAUCCGUGCAAACUACACACACGCCCAGAGCUCGGGACUUAGUCUGAUGUGGUAUAAAAGCACAGGCCAUGGAGACUUUGAGGAACCCAUCUCGUUCGAUGGCCUGCGCAUGAGUAAGGAGGAGGACGCCAUAUGGUUUCGACCCACGGAGUUACAGGAUGUCGGACUUUAUUCCUGUGUUCUACGGAAUUCCUCAUACUGCAUGAAGGUGUCGAUGUCUCUGACCGUGGCGGAGAAUGACUCGGACCUCUGCUACAACUCCAAAAUGAGGUACUUUGAGAAAGCCGAGUUAAGUAAAAGCAAAGAAAUCUCCUGCCCUGACAUUGAGGACUACGUACAACCGGGGAAGGACCCAGAGAUCAUUUGGUACAAGGAAUGCAAGCCAAAGCAAUGGAGGCAAAGUAUCGUGAACAGAAAGGAUACGCUGUCAAUCCAGGAUGUGCGAGAAGAUGACAUAGGAAAUUACACGUGUGAAUUAAAGUUCGGGGCAUUUGUGGUGCGGCGGACCACUGAGCUGCUGGUCACAGCCCCUUUGACAGACCAGCCACCUAAGAUUCUGUUUCCGUCAGAAAGCAAAAUGACCGUGAUGGAGAUGCAGAUUGGGGGGCCCAUCAACCUAACCUGCCGAGCCUUCUUUGGCUACAGCGGAGACGUCAGCCCUCUCAUCUACUGGAUGAAGGGGGAGAAGUUCAUCGAGGACCUUGACGAGAGCCAUGUGCAGGAGAGUGACAUCAAAGUCAUCAGGGAACAUCUGGGAGAACAGGAGGUGUCAAUCUCCCUAACGAUAGAUUCUGUAGAGGAGGGGGACCUGGGGAAUUACUCCUGCUACGUGGAAAAUGGAAACGGCAGGCGUCAGGCCAGCAUCCAGCUCACCAAGCGGGCAGAGUUAAUGUACACGGUGGAGCUGGCGGGAGGACUGGGAGCUAUCCUAUUGCUGCUGGUGUUCCUGGUCACGGUUUACAAGUGCUACAAGAUCGAGCUCAUGCUAUUCUACAGGAGCCACUUCGGCAGCGACGAUGUGGAUGGAGAAAAUAAGGACUAUGAUGCAUAUCUGUCCUACACCAAAGUGGACCCAGACCAGUGGAAUCAGGAAACCCAGGAGGAGGAACGAUUCGCCCUGGAGAUUCUUCCAGACGUCCUUGAAAAGCAUUAUGGGUAUAAACUCUUCAUUCCAGACAGGGACUUGAUCCCAACUGGAAGUUACCCCAAUGAUCAUUUCCAGGAUGAUGCAGGACUUCUUAGAGCGUACAUCGAGGACGUGGCGCGCUGUGUGGACCAGAGCAAGCGGCUCAUCAUCGUCAUGACGCCCAACUACGUGCUCCGGCGCGGCUGGAGCAUCUUCGAGCUGGAGACGCGCCUGAGGAACAUGCUGGCGACGGGAGAGAUCAAGGUGAUCCUGAUCGAGUGCGCCGAGCUGCGCGGCAUCAUGAACUACCAGGAGGUGGAGGCCCUCAAACACACCAUCAAGGCGCUCUCCGUCAUCAAGUGGCGGGGUCCCCAGAGCAGCAAGCUCAGCUCCAAGUUCUGGAAACACUUGCAGUACGAGAUGCCCUUCAAGCGCCCGGACCCUAUCGCCGCCCACGAGCAGGUCCUGGAUGUCAGCGAGCCGGGCCCCUUUGGCGAGCUCCAGACGGUCUCCGCCAUCUCCAUGGCGGCCGCCACCUCCACCGCCAUGGCGACGGCGCACCCCGACCUGCGCUCCACCUUCCACAACAGCUACCACACCCAGAUGCGGCAGAAACAUUACUACCGCAGCUACGAGUACGACAUCCCACCCACCGGCACCCUGGGCAACCAGCACACCUACUGCAACAUCCCCAUGACUCUGCUCAAUGGGCAGCGGCCACAGGCCAAGUCUCCCCGCGAGCACGGCUUGGAGGAGGCGCACGCCAACAACGCCAUGCUCCCGCUGUUAUCCCGAGAGACCAGCAUAUCCAGCGUCAUCUGGUGACGGCGCCGGUGACCCAGGAAUCGGUUCUGCGUGAGGCGGCUUGCACGACACGGACCUCCGUGGGGUGGUUCGCGGUGCCUGGACCCUGAUCGCCGCUGCUGCUGCUGCUGAACUAAAUCUCUGAUAGACAGGGGAAAAUCCGGGCAGGGAAGAGACUGGAAAACUGAAGGAUACUCAUACAAAAGGAAACUGCCUAUUAAAAACCGCCCACACAUGUGCUGAUACAUGCACACUUACCAGGAAAACAGGGUCUUGUACAUAUAUUUCUUUGUAGCAUCAAUGUCUUCCUGUUUUUUUUUUGUUUGUUUUUUUCUUUUUUUUGGUUACCAAUAAUAACUUUUUUUUUUUUAUUCAGUAUCCAAUGUUUCCAGUUCGUUUCUGCUUCGGUUUUGUUUUUAAUUCGAAUAUAAAUUCAGAAAGUCUGUAUGGUAAUUAGACUGGAUUGCUGUAUUUUGUAUCUUGACUUUGUGUAGUUUAAGACUUUUUUAACACUUUCUCGGGCUUGUCUGGAGGUACCGAUGUUUGAUUCAAAGGAGCGACGUCAUUUCUCCUUCUUUUUUGUUGGCCUGUGUAAGGUAUGUAUAUUGACACUUAAAAUAGAUUAUGCAAAAGGUAUAGAAGGUUGACAGUAGUCUUUUCUCCUGAGCGAAAGGACUAGCUGGAGUGAAUGGAGGAGCUGUAAUUCCCAGCAAUGGCUCCGUCAAUCUCAAUAUAUUUUUUUCUGUUAGACAGCAGCCUUGCUGUUUAGCUUGAUAGUGAAAUGUCUCACCAUAAAAAAAAAAAAAAACUGUAAAUUAUUUUAAAAGAAAAAAAGUA